AUGUCUGUCCUGAAGCAAAAGGCUGGGAGACUGUCCCCUUUAAAACUUCUCAAGGAGGUGUUUAAUUGGUACCCAUCAUCCUAUCCUGCUGAGGAGAGAAAAUUAUUGUUCAAGUUGGACUUGUCAAUUCUGAUCUUUGCUUGUCUCUGCUUCUUUGUCAAGUACCUUGACCAGACAAACAUUAGCAAUGCAUAUGUUAGUGGACUGAAAGAAGACUUCGGCCUGUACGGCAAUGAGCUCAACUACUUCAAUGUCUGCUACUUUACAUCAUAUGUGCUAUUCCAAAUCCCCGGAUUACUACUCAUGUCCCGCCCAAAAUUAGCUCGAUGGUUGUUGCCUACCCUCGAAGUCCUCUGGGGCAUCUGCACAUUUGCUCAGAGCCGUGUGACAAACGUACACCAGCUCUAUGCCCUUCGUUUCUUAGUUGGAAUGCUAGAAGCGCCUGUCUUUGCUGGAACUCAUUUCAUUCUUGGCUCAUGGUACACGGGCCCCGAACUCUUCAAACGAGCUGGAACAUGGUUUAUCUGCAACCCGCUCGGUACAAUGGUCAGUGGAUACCUUCAGGCAGCUGCUUAUACCAACCUCUCUGGUGUUGGUGGUAUGCCAGGGUGGAGGUGGCUGUUUAUCAUCGACGGUAUAUUUACCAUCCCCGUGGCCUUGAUCGGAUUCUUUAUCUUCCCCGGUAUCCCUGGAUCACCCAAACCAUUCUAUAUGACGGACCGUGAUGUUGCACUGACCAAGGAAAGAACUACGAGGGCCAAAAUCCGCCAACCUGGCAAGAUGAGUCUCGAUGUCUUUAAGAGGACUUUUAAGAGAUGGCACAUCUGGGUGUUUAUCAUUUGCUACGCAUGCAUGAUCAUCUGCUCCUACCCAAGCAGCUAUAUGAGCCUAUGGCUCAAAGAAGAGGGAUACUCUGUGACUCAAAUCAACCAGCUUCCGACUGCCACUUAUGCGGUUAAUAUCGUGGCUUCCUGGCUAGGAACGACAUUAGCUGCAAUUUAUCCCGAAUGGAUUAUUUAUACCAUUGCAUCGGCAUGCUGCCUAUUCUCAACAUUAUGCAUGAUAAUUUGGAACAUUCCUACAGGGUUGAAAUUCGUUGCCUGGUAUGUUUUCGGAAUGGCUGGAUGCUUGAGUCCAAUCCUCUACUCCACCAUCAAUAUAAUAGUGAGAGACGAUGCCGAGGAGCGCGCUCUCAUCAUGGGCGCCAUGAUGACAUUUGGCUAUUCUUUCAACAUAUGGGUUCCUUUGCUGGCAUACCCAACCGCCAGCCCUGACGGUGCGCCAAGAUGGCGGAAAGGAUGGCCAAUAUCAUUCGUCUUUUUCUUCCUGCUAUGGGCUGGCUUUGUGGCUUCUGUUUAUAUAUGGCGAAGGGAGCAACGGAGGGAGGCUUUAGCGUCCCCUCAGGAAAGUAGUGACGAGGAAACGGACACUGUGAUAGUUAAUGGGACCCCGGCAUUGAAGAACUGA